AUGAAGCAAUAUUUCGCCUGUUAUGGCAACCAGAAAAAUACAGAAUACAUCGCCGACAUAAAUAAGGAUUUUCAUGACAUUCAAAAGAAGCCACAAAUUGUAUAUUCAUGGCAUGGAUAUGACGGGGGCCUCGCCAUCGAGGAGGUGAGCGGCGGCUUCAUCGCGCACGCCGACCUCAGCGAGGAGGGCCUCUGGCUCGGCAGGAAGUGGGACUGGGUGAUGAGCGUCGAGGUUGGGGAGCACAUCGAUCCUAAACAUGAAGGCCAUUUCCUCGAUAACCUCGUGCGGCAUGCCUGUACAGGAAUAAUUCUGACUUGGGCUGUGGAGGGUCAACCCGGUCACUAUCACAUUAACAACCACAACAACGACUACAUCAAACAGAAGAUGCGAGAUAGAGGCCUCAUUGUGGACGAAGAGGCCGAAAAACUUUUGAGACAAAUGCUGAAGAACCACUUGGCAAAAACUUCUAUGGUUUUUCGAAUUCCAAAGCCGAAAUCAUGCCUAACUAAGUAAAAAUUUUAUUUUAACCUAACUUUAGUGUGUCAUCAGUUGUAGGCUUCAGAGUUCCAUUGAAACAAUAUAUGUGUUUGAAAAUAUAUUUUUGUAAGUUGGCAAGGUGAAAAAUUUUGCCAAUGGCUAAUUUGCAAACCUUUCUGGGUUAGCUUUUUCUUCAUUGGUUGAAUUUCUGAUGUUAGAUAAUACGAUACAAAAGUUUCAGUGAUAAAUCAAGUUGACGUUAUCAUCAGUUGGAUUUUAGAAUAACUAAGAUCCAUUGUCCCGACGAAUUCG